AUGGACACGUCUCUCGACUUCUUCACCCGCGGGGAAGCAUCCUCGCCGCCCCCAGACUGGCGCACUUUGCCUGAGAUUCCUCUACCAGAUGAACUCAUGGCCAUCGACUGCCCCAUUCUUCCGCUGAACGAUUUUGAGGAAAGACAUCAAUUGCAGGAUCAGUACCUGGAGACCCAAUUCCGGCUUCACAGAUACGAGGCGACAGAACCUUUGCGGCGGGCCAUAAAAGCAUACCGUAUGAGCUUUAAAACAAGUGCAGACACUAGUGACCUUGAGUUAGAGUCGGCCAACUUGUACUCAAGCGUGUUUGUCACUGGGUACGCUCUUAGUCACGAAGGAGCCGCCCAGCGAUUGGUCCUAGGGAAAUCGACCUUGCCAAUGCCUGAAAUUGACCAAGAGAAAGAGUCAGAAGAGCCAGAAGACGUCAAGAUUUUGAUUCCUGGUACUUUGGUGGCAGCUUCGACUGAUCACUUCCAAACCACCUGUUACAUCGGGACGGUGGCUGGAAACAAUGUGCUCGAAGAUCCUCCCUUUGUCGAUGUCUUCUGGGCGAGGCAAAGUGACAUGGUGACGGAUCCGACAGUUGAGUUGGUUAUGUUGGAGCCAACUAGUGGUUAUUUUGAGUCUUUGAAGUACACCAUGACUGGGUUACAGUCUAAUUCAAACAUCAGCUUCCUCUUGAGAGCUUACCUCUUUGAGCCGAAACCGGCUUCGGUACCGCCUCCUCAGUAUCUCAAUGAGACCCCAGAAGGCCAGCCUGUCAUCCCCUCUGUAUUCAAUAGUCUUGACGAAUCCCAACGCAACGCAUUCGCGGAAGCGACAUGUCGAGAAGUGGCCGUAAUACAGGGCCCUCCCGGUACCGGGAAAACUUUUACCUCUAAUGCUGUUUUACAGAGCUUGGUUGAAACCCAAAGACUAUGUAAUGCCGCUCAGCCAGACCCCGGCCCCAAAAUCCCGAUCAUUGUUGUUGCGCAGACAAAUAACGCCCUGGACCAGCUGUUGAGGAAAUUCGUGCAUUCAACAGGCACGAAGUCGAUAGCUCGUCUUGGUGGACGGGGCAGUGCCGACAUGAAAGAAUACACAUUGAUGGUCUCUUUGAAAGACAUGCUUACUCAAGAUUCCGCUGAUAUAAGCGCAGAAAUCCUCAAGGAACAUGGGCUGCUCAGCGAGAGCCAGUACGCUUCCAUCACGGAUGAUGACUGGGAGGACAGUGCAGGGGCUGGAGAUAGCGCAAGCGACCUCUAUGAUAUCAGACCAGAGGACAGGCUCUGUGUGUAUAAGCAUUUGCAGGCCAGGCUAUACGCGAAGCAAAACCUGCAGGAGUCUAUAGCCUACGAGCUUGCAUCAUAUGCUAGCACAUGUAACUCGAUACGCAUGGCCAGAACGGAAGCCCGGAUUGCAUCCAUGCAGGACCGGGGAAUAGAAGUCAUUGGAUGCACCACGACUGGCUUGUUGAAAUUUCGCGACAUUAUCUCUGGGCUUCGACCCCGGAUUCUCCUGAUGGAGGAAGCAGCCGAGGUCCGAGAGGCGGAUACUAUUGCAGCCGCUCUAUGUUUGCCAAGCUUGGAGCAUUUCAUUCUAAUAGGCGACCAUCAGCAGUUGCAGCCCCAUGCCAACAUGGACGAGUUGUCCAGAGCUCCAUACCGGAUUAAUAUUUCCAUGUUUGAGCGGCUAAUCAAGCUGGGCAUUCCACACAAAACGCUUUUACAGCAGAGGCGAAUGAUUCCACGGUUAAGGAAAAUUGUGCAAAUAUUCUAUCCCGAGUUGACGGAUUACUCGCCAGUUGUGUCGAAGCUCGGCCAAAAUGUUGCGGGCAUGACGAAGCCGCUGUGGUGGUUCAGACAUGACUGGCACGAGUCGCCCGCUGGCGGAGCGAGAGGCGUGUCUGUCGCCAAUUACAAAGAGGCCAGGAUGAUUGUUUCUUUUGUGCAAUAUCUCAUAGGCCAGGGAAUCCAACCGAGCCGAAUAACGAUGCUAACAUAUUACAAGGGCCAAGUCGCCGUGCUCGAAAGAGAGCUUGAAAAUUGUCCAAGUCUGGCGGCUCUCAAAUCGAAGGAAGCUGAAGGGGGAGGAAAUGAUUUGUCCGUCAGAACUGUAGACGGCUUCCAAGGUGAAGAAAACGACAUCAUCAUCUUGUCCCUGGUGCGAGGGCCAAACGGAAAACCUGGCUUCUUGACGUCGGAGAAUCGAGCGAUUGUCGCGUUGAGCCGCGCUAGGCUUGGGUUGUAUAUUUUCGGGAAUCAGGAAGUUCUCCUGGAAAGCCCUCGGGGCGAAGAGACUUGGUCCACCGUGCUGCGGGAGAUGGCUGGAAACACUGGGAAAACAAUGCCCUUGAAAUUGAAGGACCAGACAUUUGAGGUUGGCAGUCCCGAAGACUUGCAGAAGAUGAUGAGCAAAGACAAGAGAGCUUCGCAGCACAGCAAGACGUCGCCGAGAAAAUCGAGGCCGGGAAGAGAAUCGGCAGAGAGGAACAGGUCGGAAAACAAGCCCUGCACGGAAGAAGGUCAAGGGAAGUUGGGCUCUUGGGCUGCCAAUGUGCCGGCAGUUCAGUUGGAAGAGCCUCCCGCAGACGUGCCGGAAGAGAAUCCAGAGCUAAUCUCAUUUGCUGAUUCGAUAACAAUUUCGGUGCCAGAGAAGCUGCGGGAAGAAUACAAUAGCAAGACGAUGCCGCUACUUGGAUCCAGACAUGAUUGGCUGAUUGACUUUUCAGACGACGAUGACGACUACUACUACUACGAAGACUACGACGACGGGGCUGACGAGGGUCCGAAUCUGAGCACGCCACUUGCCGACUUGCUGGGUUAA